GAUUCCGUUCGAGGUAACCCCGCCCCUGACAGAUCAACCAUUACCCCACGUCACUUAUGCCCACAAAUCUCAGAAGGCCACUAUUCUGCAGGACGAAGUGAAGAAGAUGAUGGAAAAAGGAGCUGUGCAACAAGUAUGCAGUCCGACAAAAGGCUUCUACAGCAGGAUUUUCCUGGUACCCAAAGCCAACGGGGAGUGGAGGACAGUAAUAGACCUGUCAACGCUGAAUCUGUUUAUAAGGAAAACCAGUUUCAAGAUGGAAACUCCGAAAACGGUUCUACAAGCAGUCAGAAUCGAAGACUUUAUGCUGACAGUCGAUCUAAAGGACGCAUACUUUCAGAUACCAGUCCAUCAGUCUUCAAGGAAAUUUCUCCGCUUCAGUCUUGCAGGGAAAGCUUUCGAAUUCAAGGUCCUGUGCUUCGGAUUGACAACGUCUCCUCAAGUUUUUACAAGAGUGUUCACCCUCGUGUCGGCGUGGGCGCAUGCUCAGGGGAUCAGGCUAAUAAGAUAUCUGGACGAUUGGCUGGUGAUAGCAAAGUCCAGGGAGAAAUUGCUCAGGGACAGGGCGGCCCUCCUGCAACUUUGUCACAGCCUAGGUAUUGUGGUGAAUCAGCAGAAGUCGCAGCUGGAUCCAAGUCAACGUUUGGAAUAUCUGGGAAUGGUGAUAGACACAACACAAGCCAAAGUAUUCCCGACAGACCAAAGAGUAGAGAAAUGCAAACAAGUGGUGAAUGCCUUUCUGGGAAAGCAGACACAGCCAGCAAGACAGUGGCAGGUGGUGCUGGGAAUCCUAACCUCCCUGGAGAAGCUAGUACCACAAGGAAGGCUACACCUUCGGUCCCUACAAUGGAGGAUGAAGGAGUUUUGGUCACCAACAGUAGAUCACCCGUACGAGCAAAUUCCCUUGUCGGCAGAAGUGAGGAAAGACUUGCUGUGGUGGGUGGACGACGACAAUCUGACAGUGGGUGUCCCCCUUCAACAAUCCUCCCCAGACCUCUUGCUGUUCUCGGAUGCGUCACUAGAAGGCUGGGGAGCCCAUAUGGAGGAGUUGAUGGUGUCAGCAAAAUGGAGUUGCAAGGACAGAGAACUCCAUAUAAACGUGCUGGAGUUGAAAGCAGCUUUCCUGGCUCUACAAGAAUUCAGGGAGAGAGUAAAGGGACACUCAGUGGUAUUGAUGUCAGACAACACCACAGUAGUAGCUUAUAUAAACAAGCAAGGAGGCCUAGUUUCUCGGCAGUUACAUGUGAUGACAGUUCAACUUCACCAGUGGGCUAUAGAGAACCGGGUAGACAUCAAGGCCAGGUAUAUUCCGGGAAAAAGAAACAUAGUGGCCGACAAGUUGAGCCGCAGGGAUCAGAUUCUGGGAACGGAGUGGUCCCUACACCAACAUGUAGUGGACAGGAUGCUCAGGUUGUGGGAAGGACCGAUCAUAGACCUAUUCGCAACCAGGUACAACAAAAAGUUGGAAGUGUAUUGUUCAGUAGUCCCGGACGCAGAGGCAGUAGCAGAAGAUGCGCUACAACACCCCUGGGACAAUCUGAACGUGUACGCAUUUCCUCCAUUUUGUCUAAUCCGUCAGGUUCUGAACAGGGUAAUGCGGUCUCAGAACCUCAAGAUGACCCUGGUAGCCCCGUUAUGGCCGAAAGCAGAGUGGUUUCCAGACCUACUGGAACUCCUAGUAGAUGUGCCAAGAGAGUUACCUCCAUGGAGCAACCUUCUGUGUCAGCCUCACGUGGAGAGGUACCACCAGCCGGUGAAGUCCCUAUCGCUUCACGGGUGGAGACUGUCAAGUAUCUCCUCCGAGAGCGAGGGUUUUCGCAGAAAGCAGCAACUCAGAUGGCAGGUAAUAUCAGAAAAUCAUCUGCGACAGUAUACCAAGGAAAGUGGUCAGCAUACUGUGAUUGGUGUCGUAGAGGGAACGUGUCUCCACUCGGUACCACUAUUCAGCAGUUAGCAGACUUUCUGAUAUAUCUCAGAACAGAAAAACAUAUGUCUGUAUCUGCAGUGAAGGGGUACAGGGCGGCUCUAGCCUCAGUCUUACGAAUGAAAGGAGUGGACAUAUCGUCUUCAUGGGAGUUGGCCAUGCUGAUGAGGAGCUUUGAACAGUCAUGCCCACCAAAGGAGCUAAAAGCCCCAGAUUGGAAUCUGACCAAGGUACUGAGUAGUCUGACAAAACCCCCCUACGAACCACUAAGGCAGUCCACGGAUAGGAGCCUGACCCUGAAGACAGUCUUCUUAUUGGCCCUGGCUUCAACUAAAAGGGUGGGGGAGCUACAUGGCCUCUCAUAUCUCAUAAAGCACUCGAGAGGUUGGAGAUCAAUGGUGUGUGAGUUUGUCCCAGAAUUCGUGGCAAAGACCCAAAAUCCAACAAUAGUAGACGGCAGAUUCGACUCCUUUACCAUACCUUCCUUGGCAGACUUUGUAGACAACGACAAAGCUGAGAUGCUCCUGUGCCCCGUCAGGGCACUAAGGGAGUACUUAAAGAGAACAAGGCACCUCAGGCCGGGUGCCAGAGGUUGUUCGUAAGUACAGGACGGAACAAGAAGGAAGUGUCCAAGAAUACAAUAUCAUUUUGGCUAAGGGAGACGAUCAGAGAUGCUUAUACUGCAGAAGACAGAGGGUCAGAUAGCCAGGUGGGAGCUAGAGCUCAUGACAUCAGGGGUGUGAGUGCUUCCCUGGCAUUUAAGAAGAACAUGUCUGUGGAUAAAAUUCUGAAAGCUGGCGUGUGGAAGCGCCAAACAACUUUCACCUCAUUUUAUUUGAAAGAUGUUGCCCAUAGAUCCUUGGACACCUUUUCCUUGGGUCCAGUGGUGGCGGCCCAACAAGUGAUAUAGUUCAUCCAGUGCCCCUGGCGGGUCAGUUUGCGUCUAGUCUAAGAUGAAGGUAUGAAAGUAGAAUGAAUGGGAUGACUGGUCUUUUUUCUUUACUACUUUCUUCCUACUCCUUUAACUACGGGCAAUAUGAAGGAGAGUACCGUCAUGUGCUGGAACGGACUAGAUGCAGGUGAGAUGGUCAGCCAUGCCAUACUGUGAAGCUAUCUUAGCUGAUGAUAUACUUUUCAGUAGCAACACACCCCUCUGGAUAAUAAGGAAAAGAGGGGUGAAGGUGGAUCCAGUCGCAAGGGACAAGAGUAAACAGUAGAAUGGUAUCUACACCCAGUGGGAGGAAACCAAUAGAUCCGCUUAUAUCUUUGGUCCUAGGUUCAUUGUCCAUUCUCUUAGAAUUUCCCUAUAUAUUCGGAAAUGGAUAAGGUGGCAAACUCCCAGUCAGUUGUAGAGACUUACCUCCCUCCAAUAGUAAGUCUAUCCUAAUGUUAAGACCGAAGGUUUGUUUCGUGUAUGAACAAAUACCAAAUUUGUAACUAAUUUGUAUUUUUCAUAACUAACAAACCUGAGGUCUUAACAGUUAAAGGCCCACCUCGAACCACCCCUCUAGCAGUCUAAACUGGGUUAGAAAUAUAACUGAUGGGUCACAGGUAGCCGUGGGCAUUCUGGGUAUACAUGCCCCGUGACCUGGUAUAGAUGCCAAUGGUCCCUGGAUCUCACAAGUGUAAUUUUAAUUCUACCGGUUUCCAGCUUGGCGCUAGUAAAUCCUAAUGUUAAGACCUCAGGUUUGUUAGUUAUGAAAAAUACAAAUUAGUUACAAAUUUGGUAUUUUCAGGAUGAAUUUUUUUUUCUUUUUUUUUAAUGGAGUAGUACAUCAAUAGUUCAGUUUUAGAGUAAAAUUAUCAAUGUGGAAUGUUACUUGGUGAGUUACUUAUGUAAAAAUGAAAUUUUUAUGAUAAUAUAAAGUUUUAUACAGACAGUUCCUGGUUGUCGACGGACUCGGUUAAUGGCGACCCAGCUGUAUGGUGCUUGUCUAGUGCCAUGAAAUCAGUGAUUUAUGGCGCCAUAACUGGCCAAGUUUUGGUUAUCGGUGCCAGAAGGUGCUGAUAAGAGUUAUAGCUCCAUAACAUACCUGACAGAGGGGACAUUAACUGAUACUUGUGCGCCAUAAAUUGCAGUUUCACUUAAUGGCGGUUUUUGCUUAUCAGCACCCCUCCGAGAACUGAAACCGUGUCGAUAACUGGGGACUGCCUCUAUAUACUUACCAAGUAAUUACAUGGUCAGAGCCAUCCCUCCUCCCAUGUGAUGAAUAUAAGCAUAAAUGGAAUGAUUAUUGUCUGCGGAGUCAUUCCUAACCCUCUUUCUAGGGGCCGACAUUUUAGAUGAAACUAAUAGCAACGAUGUAAUUACUUGAUAAGUAUAUAUAAAACUUUACUUUGUAAUAAAAAAAGUCAUUUUCAAGUCACUGGCCCCUAUGAACUUGUUCCUUAUGGAUAGGGUUCAUCUUCUGAAUAAUAAUAAUAAUAAUAAUAAUAAUAAUAAUAAUAAUAAUAAUAAUAAUAAUAUUGUGGUACGAACACCAACCUGAAGGAGUGAUAGAAAACGAUCAGGCAAAGAUCCUCUGGGACUAUGGUAUCAGAACAGAUAGGGGGAUACGUGCAAAUAGACCAGACGUGAUGUUGAUUGACAAAAUCAAGAAGAAAGUAUCACUCAUUGAUGUCGCAAUACCAUGGGACGCCAGAGUUGAAGAGAAAGAGAGAGAAAAAAUGGAUAAGUAUCAAGAUCUGAAAAUAGAAAUAAGAAGGAUAUGGGAUAUACCAGUGGAAAUCGUACCCAUAAUCAUAGGAGCACUAGGCACAAUCCCAAGAUCCCUGAAAAGGAAUCUAGAAAAACUAGAGGCUGAAGUAGCUCCAGGACUCAUGCAGGAGAGGGUGAUCCUAGAAACGGCGCACAUUGUAAGAAAAGUAAUGGACUCCUAAGGAGGCAGGAUGCAACCCGGAACCCCACACUAUAAAUACCACCCAGUUGAAUUGGAGGACUUUGAUAGAGAAAAAAAAAAUAAAAUAAAAAUAAAUAAAUAAUAAUAAUAAUAAUAAUAAUAGUGCAUAUUGCUUGGCACAUUGGAGAUUAUACUUAAGGUUGUUUGCACCUCAGCAGUAUUGAUUUUUGCCAAUUACUUAUAUUAUCUUUGGUAUCUUUCAAAUUAGCUGCUGUCCAACUUGCUGGGUUUACUUUUCUCUUGCUCGAUUUUCAUUUUUUAGAACAAAACCUUUAGCUAUGCCCUGUGAGUCUAGAAUUCUGACUUGUUUUGGUGGGGGUUGGGGGGGGGUUGGUUUGUGCCUUGUUAAUCAACUUUAUAAUUAAUUAAAGUAAGUUGUUCAGCUGUUUUGCUUUCUCCGUAUUACUUUCAUCUCUUUCUCCUAGUUUCUUGCUGGACAAGCCUUAUAAAAACCAAUAAAUGUGACUUUAGCCUUAUUGGAUAUACGUACUUGUGAAGUGAAUGGGAGUGCCCUCAUCCCAACACCUCAUAGAAAUAACAAUGGGAUCUUUUGUAAAAUGAGGAAGAAAGAAAACAUCUUUUACCUGUUUGACAUUACACUACUUGGCAGUACAACAUAAGUAAAAUAGAGAUUUGUAUUUAUGAAAUUUAUACAUUACUUAUUACUUAAUUUUUUUUAAGUUAAAUAGGACUGUAGAUUGGAGAGAUUUAAGAUUUUCUGUUUGUGGAUCAAACAUGGUAGUGACUCAUUAGUAUUGCAUAAAAAAAUAUUUAUUUUGAUUUAUUUAAGGUUGUCUAUGAUAACUUUGUCAUUAUGUGCUGUGGUUGCAUUGUCACUUCUCUCUCACAAGCUAUUUUCAUGUUGAAUCUAGAUGUGCUCAAUACAGUAUAUUGCUUUUGCA